CUGCUUGCUCACCUCCUCUCGCUGCUCCAGCGCCUCUGGAAGACACCAGCUCACGGAGCCCCAACAAUGCAAGGGGGAGGGUCCUAGCCAUGGGAGGGCCAGGGGAAGCACUCAGGGAUGGGUUUCUCCAGCAGGGCCUUCCUAUCUGUGGCCCCUCAGCCCCAGUCCACUGGCACCCUCAAGCCCCCACAAGAAAUCUCUCCACAGCCCCUAAAGUGUGUUUGAACCUGAGGCCAGUGCCAAGCUAAGCAGGUGCAGUGCCAGGCCCCUGGAAAACAAAAUGAGUCCGCAGGGAGCCGGGAGACUGUCCUUGGAAUGCGUGGGAAGGAGAGAGGGGCUACCCAAGGCAGAGCACACAUUCAGGGUGUCCAUCACGCGUUGCCCCUGCCCCCAGACAUUUGUUGGGGAUGGCAGCAUGUGACAUCUUAUGUCUUUAUGUGCAUGUGUGUCUGAGUUCGUGUGUGUCCCUCCUGAUGAGAGUCAGAAGGGGCUACCUGUGGGAACAGAGUCCUAUAAAGAGCGAGGGCAUUCACCUGCUGGAAGACGGGGGGGUGGGAGAGCCAGAGAAGGAGGAAAGGAGGCUCCUCGGAAGCAGCACAAGAGGGGAGACAAAGGAGGAACUGGAGGAGCUCAUGUCUGACAUCAAGAAGACAGCAAACAAAGUUCGCUCCAAGUUAAAGAGCAUCGAGCAGAGCAUCGAGCAGGAAGAAGGCCUCAACCGCUCAUCCGCAGACCUGAGGAUCCGAAAGACACAGCACUCCACGCUGUCCCGCAAGUUUGUGGAGGUCAUGUCCGAGUACAACGCCACACAGUCGGACUACCGCGAGCGCUGCAAGGGCCGCAUCCAAAGGCAGCUGGAGAUCACUGGCCGGACCACGACCAGCGAGGAGCUGGAGGACAUGCUGGAGAGUGGGAACCCCGCCAUCUUUGCUUCCGGAAUCAUCAUGGACUCCAGCAUCUCAAAGCAGGCUCUGAGCGAGAUUGAGACACGGCACAGUGAGAUCAUCAAGCUAGAGAACAGCAUCCGUGAGCUGCAUGACAUGUUCAUGGACAUGGCCAUGCUUGUGGAGAGCCAGGGGGAAAUGAUUGACAGGAUCGAGUACAACGUGGAACAUUCGGUAGACUACGUGGAGAGGGCUGUGUCUGACACCAAGAAGGCUGUCAAGUACCAGAGCAAGGCGCGCCGGAAGAAGAUCAUGAUCAUCAUCUGCUGCGUGAUCCUGGGCAUUGUCAUUGCUUCCACCUUUGGAGGCAUCUUUGGAUAAAAAUCAUCCCACCUGCCACUCUACUCCGGAUGGUCUGCCCUCAGGAGGCCCCCUGGCUGCUGCUGCCUUCUGGCUGGGAGCCCCUUCUUUCCCAUACUAUCCUGCUCCUUUCUCUGCCAUCGGGCCCUCCAUACCCACCCCACCCUGAGCCGUCGUGUGCAUGAUCUCUGUGACCGUGUGUGUCUGUACUGAGGAGCCGGUGGGGUGGGGCAGGUCAGCAAAGAACAGACUCAGGCCCUGGCCCAGGCCGCCUCACCCUUCCCAGGUAGCACUGCCCAGGGUAGCCAUGCUCCCCUCUCCUUGCCUUCUACUCCAGCCUGGGGUCUGCCCUCUCCUGGGACCAGGACUCUCUCUGGACCCCAACCUUGCCUCCUACUGCCUGGCCCAUCUGCCCUGACCUCUCCAGCUGUCCCAAGCCGAGCCCCCUGAGGGGUGGGGACCAGCUGGCCACAUGGUGCUGCUUUUCAGGUUAGGGGAAGGGUGGCCCUGAGAGACAGCCCAGCUCUAAGCCUCUAACAGCUCAUCACUGCCAGGGAGGCUCAGGGUGCUGUGGCCAGGUGGCUUUUGGCUGUGUCAAGACCGGGCUCCCUCCCCUGCCUAGGGGCAGAGUCCAGCGGGUCUUGGCAUUUCCCCUUCCCAUGUUCCCACAGCCCCAGGAGCAACCCCUUUGGGCUCUCCCUGACCCCAGGUAACAUACUUCCAGAGGCUGUCUGGUGCCUGGUUUCCAGCCACCCUUGGAGCUAGGGAAGCAGAUUGAGCCCAGAGGGCCUCUGCCAUAGCCAAAACCCACACCCUGGGCCAGCCACUCUUCCCGGCAGGCCUUGGUCAGGUUCUCAAGCCAUCGUGCGUUGCAUGUUUGGGACAGUGGUCCCUGCUCCCUUGUGCUCUGGGAAAUCAGACUUACUUCAGGCCUGCAAUCACAUCCUGCCCUUGCUGUCCUCCACUGACGUGCCACGUGGGUGUCUGGUGUCUGGGAUGCAGUAUUCAGCAGCCAGCCAGGGAGGAGCACCUCCCUCCUCCCCGUCUUGGGGGCUUCUCAAGUCAGAAAUGUGCCCCUGCCCGAGACCCCUCUUCCUCGUUGACAGGCUAGGAGUAUGCAUGCGAGUGCAUGCAGUAGGGGACGGGGCCCCAUCUGUGCCCUGCCUUCCCCUCAGCUCUGCUCCUACCCAGUGACUGUGACCACUGUCCGUUGUUGCCUUCUCUAUCAGCCACUUCCCUCCCCGCCUUCACCCCUUCACCAAAGGUCUUGGUACAACCAGCUGCCCAUUUUGUGAAAUUUUUAUGUAGAAUAAACAUUUGUAUCUGUACCGUG